UACUUGUUGCACUCUGCACUGCAUAGUCCCUUAAGUUAUUUAUUUAUUUAACAAACAAAAACACCGCUCAAAAUGUUCAAAUUCGUCGUCUUCGCCGCCGCCGUUGCCGUGUGCCAGGCCGCUUACUCGCUGAACCCAGCUGGUCCGACCUACGCCGGAAUCCACACCCCGGCCAUCACCAGCCAGCAGUCCAACAUCCUGCGCACCUACGGUAACUUGGGACAGAUCUCGACCCAUUCCAAGACCAUCGACACCCCGUACUCGUCGGUGAGCAAGUCCGAUGUGCGCAUCAGCAACCCCGGACUGGCCGUCGGACACGUGGCCGCUGCCUACCCGGCUGCCUACGCUCAUGCCCCAGCCUACCACGCCCCGGCCUAUGCCGCCCCAGCUUACGCUCACCCAGCCGUGUACGGAGGAGUCAAGGCCGUCGCCGCUGCCCCAGCUCUGCUCGGAGUUGCCUACUCGGCUGCCCCGACCGUCGCCCACAUGACCUACAGCAACGGACUCGGAAUCAACUACGCCUGGUAAGAAGUGUCUUCGAGAACCUCGGAUCACCGGAACCGGAACCAACAACAACCACAGCAACAACUCUAAGUCAACACAGUCAACGAACAAAGUCCGCUGGGUGGGUCGGAACAACAUCUCCCACGACGACCGCCAGCGGUGAUCAACUAGAAUCAACCAACACACACACACACGCAAUACCAUACGAAGAACCGUUCUUUGCACCUCUCAACAUCAGGGUAAUAAAAUGAACAAAAUAUGAGCCAAAAAU